UCCUACGACAAGUCUGAGUCAUUUGUCUGUCCGUUGUUGGUCCGGUCUGGUUUUUGUCUACUUCUUCUUCUUCUUCUUCUACUACUUUUUUUUUUUAUCUUUCUUUCUUCUUUCCCGCACCAAGAAGCCCAAUGGCGGUGGCUUCGCGUUCCUUUCGUUUCGCUAUAUCUGUCUGCCUCUGCUUAUGCGCCGUCAUUUCGUCUUCACCGCCGCGAUUCGUUUCCUCAGCGUCGCUGCCCGUUGACAUCUGCCCUCCCCGCCCGCCCUUGUUCUUCCUCUACUCCAUCUCCCCUCACUGCCCCUCUUCCAUCUCCCCUCUACAGGUAGAUGGCUACUACCUUGAUAAAGCCCUGGCGUCCCUAAGGGGAAAUGCAUACAUUUCUGUUCUCUUUUAUGGCUCAUGGUGUCCGUUCUCACAGGAUGCUAGCCUGGCAUUUGAAGCCUUGGCAUACAUGUUUCCUGAAAUCAAACAUUUGGCUGUUGAGUACUCUUCAGCUAUGCCAAGCGUAUUUUCAAGGUAUGGCAUCCAUAGCUUGCCUUCAAUAUUACUGGUCAACCAAACAUCAAAAAUGCAAUUUCGUGGUUCCAAAGAUCUCCAGUCCCUUGUGAAAUUCUAUGAGAACAUAACAGGAUUCAAACCGGUUCAGUAUGUUGGUAGGGAUGAAUCUUCAAGUUGGAUGGGCAGUGGAAAGUUUGCAAUUAGAUCAUGGAGGAGGUGGUCAUCGCUGAAUGAGAUGUUAAACAGGGAGCCAUACUUGUUAUUUUCUGCACUGUACCUUUGUCUAAAGCUGGUGAUUUCUGUAUUCCCUAAGGUCAUAUCGUGCUUCAGAGCUUUGUGGGCAUCCCAUGUACCACAUCUGAACUUGGAAAUAUUUGGAGAGACAAGCCAAAUGUUGGGUCCUGUCCUUCAGAUAAUCAAUUUGAGGAUGAUUUGCGGGAAGCUAAGACUCAAGGCCCGGAACUUUGCUGAGCGUGCGAAGAAUGCCCGGGUCUGGGCAUGCUCCCUAUCUGGCUGAAACCUCCCCCUCAUCCUUGAGAUGAUCAUAACCUGAAGGAGCCGAAGUUCCAAAAUGUUGUCAAGUUCAAACCAUGUAAAAUUGGGAUUGUGAAGUGGGCGAUGCUAUGCUGUAGGCUGUGGUUAUGAAGCACAGUUUGGAUUGCAUCUGUUCACCUCUAACCCAACUAGCUAGAGUUGCAUUGCUUGAUGAUGUCUCGUCUCUAGCCCUAAAGUAUGUGAACUUGACAGCAGAAGCUGUUGGUGUUCUUGUCCUGUUUUGAGUUGGCUGUUCUCUGGAGAAGUAUGUGAAUUCCAGAAAUUCUGGCGUCUGUGUAUAUUAGUUUGGAAACUUUUGAAUAGGUAGCUGCUGCAGCCAACUUCUGUAUGUCCUGUGUGAUAUGUAACAGUAAAAAUCAAUCAAUCGUUCUCUCUCUCUC